UGCUAGUUGUACCAUUCUCCACGCUGACAAAAUUCAGAGAAAUUUGGAAGUCGUCGCUUUGAUUUUGUGCAAUUGAAUUGUGCCUGCUGUAGCGCAAAGUUAAUUAAUUGCCAACGUGUUUGCACAAGUGCAUAGGUUACAUAGUGUUCAACCAGCUGUCAUAAAUAACAACAACACUGUCCAAGCAAAGCAGUUGUGACAGCAGCAACAACAAUAACAACAAAACUAAAUUUAGUGCAGAUUUUUUCUUGGCAACAAGUAGAAUUUUGAAGUUCCUCUCGUUAUCAACGCCAUGCAAAACUCAAGAUCGCGAGGCUCUUCGGGCAGAUCGCAUCGUCGACCAACCGCUGGCUCCAACAAAUCAUCAACAUCAUUAACGGAGGCCAACACGAAAAUCGCCAUCGACACGAGCAACAACAAUCAAGUGGGGAUCGAUGAUAAUGCGUGCGUGGUUUGUUUCAAGAAUGUAGAGAUCUAUUCAAUUGGCGAUUGUGAUCAUCCAGUGUGUUACGAGUGCUCCACACGCAUGCGUGUCUUGUGUCAGCAAAACGAGUGUCCAAUUUGUCGGCAUGUGCUGUCCAAGGUGCUGUUUACAUUGGAAAAGUUGCCUUAUCGCGAGCUGGAGGCGAGUAAUCGCUCCGAUUUCUAUAGCAAAAAGUAUCGCAUUGGCUUCUGGAGCUCCGACAUUCAGCAGAAAUUCUAUCAAUUACUCGAUCAUCCCUGUCCGAAAUGCGAUGCGCAGCCCUAUAGAACCUUUCAGGCGCUGCGUAAUCAUGUCUUGCGCGAGCACAAUAUGCACUUUUGCGAUCUGUGCGUUGAGACCUUAAAGAUCUUCACGUUCGAACGUCGUUGCUAUACGCAGGCAGAGCUGGUUGUGCACAACACGAAAGGUGAUCCGGACAACACUUCGCAUCGUGGCCAUCCAUUGUGCGAAUACUGCAACACACGUUACGUGGAUCGCGAUGAGCUGUUUCGGCAUUUGCGACGUGAUCAUUACUUUUGCCACUUUUGCGAUGCCGAUGGCUGCAAUGAUUUCUACAACGUCUAUGCUGAUUUAGCGGAUCACUUUCGCAAGGAGCAUUAUCUGUGCGAGGAAGGAAAAUGCGCUACCGAAGAGUUCACAGGCGCCUUUCGCAAUGAGAUUGAGUACAAAGCCCAUGUGGCAAAUGUGCAUGGCAAGACUUUGAACAAAUUGCAGGCGAAACAGACGCGAACGUUGCAGUUGGAGAUUACGUUGGGACCGCGAGGACGCGGCCCCAAUCAACAGGGUCUUGCCAACAUGCGUUCCAGAAAUGACGAGCAUCUGGACUACUUGGAUGAGCUGCCCUCGACGAGCACACAUCGCAGUCAACCGGUCACCAUUGAUGCUGGCAAUGAGGAGGAGUUUCCCAUGCUGGCUGGUAUUACUCCAGGACCCAAUGUGUCACUCACCCGAGCUCCACCACCGUCUAUGCGCAAUCUGAGCGGCACUUCGGGACUUGCGCGCACCAAAGAAAACUUUCCAGCGCUUGGGGGAGCUGCUGCCACAAGCGGUAAUACAUAUGCUCAUGCGCGUGCUACAGCAACCAGCGCAGCACCUGCAACUGUUGCUUACAAGAAGCCGGCAAAUACAUCUGGCGUAUCUAAUGGUAUGAUGCUCCAUGUGUCGAAUCGACCGACGGCCGGUGCUGCAAACAAAAAGGCGGCACCAGAAAUGGAUUUCCCUGCAUUGCCGAUGGGCAAGGGCAAGAGAACGACACGCAAUUUGGAGGAAGACAUGCUGCCCAGCAACACUGGCGUUUCCAUCUCCAAUGUGGCUGCCAAGCAUCGCACUUUGGUUGAUGAUUAUGUUUCGGUGGCGCAUCCGAGCACCUAUCAAAAGAUACAAAUGGUACAAAAAGAGGAGUCCGAGGCCAAGGCACGUAUGGAGGCGUUGAAAAAGAGUGCGCCCAAGCUGACGGCAGCCGAGUUUCCCACAUUAGGACCCAGCAGCACAAAGGCACCAGCUUUUUCGAAGGCCAGCGGCGGAUCAAAUGCCUUAAACUGGUCCAAGCCUGGGUCGGAGAAGAAGCAACGGGAAUUGGACAAUCGCAGGUCAAAGGUGGCGCCAGCUCCUUUGUUGCCUACGCCCAAAGGUAACACGACAACGACGGCCAGCAUUAACAACAAUAAAAAUCAGCAGGAGCAACAACAGCAGUCCAAUAAAAAGGAUAAAAAGUCCAAAGAGAAAAAGAGCAAUCAGGAGAACAAUCAACCAAAGGUGAACAAGCAAAAGGAGAAGAACAAUAACAAUAAUAAUAAUAACAAUAACAACGAGAAGCAAUCACAGCAACAACAAUUAGCAAACGUUAACUCCAAUGGCAAUUUAUCAAUGCCAACACGUGCUCCUCCAGGCCUGAGUAUUGGCGGUGAUAAUCCAGUUAAACCGCCGCCUGGUUUUAUGUCUAACGUCACUUUGAAUUCGGUGGCCAAGCUGCCGAACAACUUGACAUUCACCAGUUCAUCCGGCGAGAAUUACAGCAUUGUGCCGAGCUCAUGCAGCUACAGUGAUCCUCCAGAUACGGCAAAUAGAAAUCAAAAUUUGGUAGAUCAAUUGCGCGACGUACUUAAGACAGCCGAGAACUUUAACGAAUUUCGCUUGCUCUCAGCCAAGUUUCGCGAUGGCUCCUGCACUGGCCAAGUUUAUUACGAUCAUUGCCAAUCUGCGAUGCGGGAUAAAUUCCAUAGCUUAUUCCCCGAACUUUUAGUAAUGCUGCCCGACAUAGGCAAACAACAGGAACUUUAUUUGGUGCAUAAACAAUAUGUGAACACAUUAACGCCGUCUCAGGAGAAAUCGUUACCCAGCCUGGACGUCUGUCUCAAAUGCAAACAGGUCCUUCUUUCCGCCGAUUUUAACAGUCAUCAGCAAGUUCAUCAGCUCAGCCAACAUGAGAAUAAUGCAGCAUCGAAUAGCAAGAAUACGCAACGUAAAUAAAUUCAGAUCUAGAUCCCAAUUACAUCGAACGACAAAUAGCAAAAAAGAGAAAGCUUUUAUGUAAAUUUUCUAUGUAUAUAAUUAAUUGUUAUUACCCACGGCCACACGACAACAAUGAACAAAUAAUGAAACUCUUAA